AUAAAUUGGCGCGUCGGUGGCGAGUCACACUGACAAUUGUGGCGUGCUUCAUAGAGUUAACACCUAGACGAAAUGACCUCCUGGCGCAAUAAGAAACGUGUGUGGAAGAAAAUUUUGGCAAGAUUGGCCCGUCAAUUGCCGGCAACACCAUCCGAGUCAAAUGAAGUAUUAAAAAGGUCAAAUUUGAGCUGGAAAGACAAGUACUUCAAUCAGGUUAGAGCUGCCGCUGUACGCGCCAAGACACGUGCUGCUCAAGAGGCAACAAAGAAAACCACCGUAGAUGCCAAUGCUGCGGCCGUGAACGUUCCGAAGCCCGAAGAAACACCCAGAAGAGUAACCAGGAGCAUGACCAAAAAGCAAUCUCUCGACAAGCCCAAACAUGUAUAACAUGAUGUGAAAUGUUCGUUUACCUUUAUGCGUAAAAUAAAGAACCCACACACAUACACACA